AUGCAGUUCACUACUGCAUCCAAAGCCCUCGUUGCAAUCCUCUACCUGUGCUGCCUAACUCCUCUGGCACACGCCCACAGCUGGGUAGAGGAACUCGACGUCGUCGCCGGUAAUGGGUCCUUUAUCGGCAAACCUGGCUACAUCCGUGGCCACGUCUCUCGAACGGACCAGGGUUUCAAUGAUGAUUUGAUGACCUACCGACUCCCUCCAACCGGACGAGCUGCAGACAUUGGGAUUAUUCCCAGCGACCACAUGUGCAUGCCGUCCCAGAGAGACCGACGGCAAGCAGAGGGCUGGCCUCGACUAGAGGCCCAACCGGGCGACAUCAUCGCCCUUUUGUACCGGGAGAAUGGGCAUGUCACCCUUCCUGACACCCAGCCUGGUAAACCAAAAAACCGCGGGACCGUAUACGUAUACGGCACCAACGAGCCCCGCCCGGAUGACAAAUUCCUAGGCAUCCACGGGGUAUGGAACAAGGACGGAACGGGUGGUGACAAACGAGGCAGGCUUAUCUCACGCCAAGACUUUGAUGAUGGGCGCUGUUACCAAAUUAAUGGUGACAAAAUCUCCAUGGCUCGACAACAAACGUAUCCACAUGUACCUGACAAGCUCAUGGGAGCAGACGUGGCGUGUCAACACGUCCUGGUACUACCUUCGGAUUUCGUCGUGCCUGGAACGCCUUCGUCGAUGUACUUUGUGUGGGACUGGCCAACUGCCCCUGGGGUAGAUCCCAACCUUCCCCGUGGAAAGACAGAGAUCUAUACCUCGUGUAUGGAUAUUGACAUCAUCGCGUCCCGAAAUGGGACAAACAGGGAACCCAACAUCCAUUACGUCGAUGGUCAGCCGCUGAAUCGUGCAGCCUUCUCCUCGCUGCUCGCCAAUCUCGGUCAGCCAGUGGACAAUGGCCCCUCCCAUGUUGACUCUGUCUCCUCCGAAGCCUCACCAUCUGUGUCAGACGUUGCUUCUCCCACCGCGGGAUCGAUCGUCCCCAUGUCACGUCGCUUUACCGCCUCUGCGACCUGGAAAACAAUAACAACGGGGAAAUACCAGCCGACAUACACUCCUUAA